AGCAGUACAACCAUUUUACUUGGGAUCUUGAAUCAUAAUUUACAUAACUUCCUACAACAACAACCAAAAAAUAUUGCAUAGCUUUUAUCUUCUCCAAUUGAUUCUGGCUUUUCUUCUUUAAAUCUUAUACCUAUUCAAACAUAGUCUUGUGUCUUUAUAAGACUAGUUUCUUUGUCAAUCAGCUAUCUGAAUCUAAAUUUUGCAAACUUCUUUAAACUAGAAGAUGCCAUAUAUCUCUAUAUAAUAACUUCAUAAAUCCUUUCUUUUUGUUCCAACUGAUCCAGGCCCUAGUAAAUUUAGUUCACCUUCACACAUGGCUUCCAAUGAAUGGUGCUAUUCUUCAGAAGAAAGCGAUUCCGCUGAUGCUGUUCUGAACUACAUAGGCCAGAUUCUUAUGAAAGAAGGCCUAGAGAAUGGAACCUGCGUGUUCUCUGAUGCUACUCUUCAAGCUGCUGAAAAAUCCUUUUAUGAUGUACUUGGUGAGAAAUAUCCAUCCUCAAUCAAUCAAACCCCUAGCUUUUGCAAUUGUUAUGGUUGUAAAAACAAUGUCACUGCUAACAACGCUGGUGAAUCCAGCUCGGUUUGUGAUCUUUGUCAGCAUAAAUCCUGUUAUGUUCUAGCUCCACCGGUUGAGUGCACCUAUCAGUCCAACUCAAGCUCCAGGAUGCAGUCGUUUAGCCCUCCAAGCAACUUUUUCAGUACUGUUGGUUAUAGCCAAUCCUUUCUGCCAUGUAAGGAUGCUACAAAGGAAACUUGGGGAUUGCUACCACAGGGUAAUCGUAUGAAUUUAUUGGUGGAGAAAGGUAAGAAGGAUCAAUCAGCUAGUAGACUGAUGGAAUUGAAAAAACAUCACCAAAAGCAUCAAAUUGAGUGUGAGCCACGAAGGAAAAAUAAGCAUUUGGCAGUAUAUAAUGAAGUACCUGAUGAGCCAUCAGAAAUGUUUGAUAAAGUAUUGCUAUUCAACAAUGAAGCUGAUGAGUCCGCAGUGUAUAAUCCUGAAGCCUCACAAAUUGGACGAGGAAAAGGCUCCAAUUGUGAACCAACCCGCCGGAGAAAACGAGUUAAUAAAAAAGAUUUUGUUGAUCUCAGGACUCUACUUAUGCACUGUGCAGAAGCAAUGGGAAACAACGAUCUCAAGGGUGCAAAUGAAGUGCUACUACAGAUUAGGCUGCACGCUUCUCCUUUUGGUGAUGGGUCUCAAAGGCUAGCUCAUUGCUUUGCUAAUGCCCUUGAGGCACGCUUGGCCGGCACUGGAAGUGAGCUGUAUGGAGCACUGUCUGCAAAGACAAUGUCAUCUACUCAUAUGCUAAAACCUUACAGGUUAUUUGUUUCAGCCUGCCCUUUCGUGAGGAUCUCAAAUUUCUUUACAACACAAAUGAUUAUGGACCUGGCAGAGAAAUCAACUAGGCUUCACAUCAUUCAUUUUGGUAUUCUGUAUGGUUUUCAAUGGCCUGCUCUUAUCCAGCGCCUCUCAGAAAGACCCGGCGGGCCUCCUGUGCUACGCAUUACAGGAAUAGACAUUCCUCAACCUGGAUUCCGACCAGCAUCAAUGAUCGAAGAAACAGGCCAGCGCUUAGCAAAUUAUUGUCAGAGAUUUAACGUCCCUUUUGAGUUCAAUGCCAUAGCACAGAGAUGGGAAACUAUCCAAGUCGAUGACCUCAAGAUUAACAAAGAUGAGGUAACAGUUGUUAACUGUUUAUACCGUUUUAGGUACCUACUUGAUGAGACGGUAGUUUUAAGUAGUCCUCGAGACACUGUUUUGAAUUUGAUUAAGAGGAUUAAUCCAGAUGUCUUUUUCCAUGGGAUUGUUAAUGGGGCCUAUAAUGCACCAUUUUUCACUUCAAGGUUCAGGGAGGCACUGUUCUUCUUCUCUGCAGUGUUUGAUAUGCUUGAUGAAAAUGCAUCCCGUGAAGACAAGGAAAGGAUUGUGUUUGAGCAAGAAAUAUAUGGAAAGGAGGUUUUGAAUGUAAUAGCAUGUGAAGGGGCAAAGAGGGUUGAAAGGCCAGAGAUGUACAAGCAGUGGCAGGUAAGGAAUAUGAGGGCUGGGUUGAGGCAACUUCCACUGAACCAGGAGAUUGUCAACAAAGCGAAGGACCAAGUGAAGUUAUGUUACCACAAGGAUUUCUUGGUGGAUGAAGAUAGCCAGUGGUUGGUACAAGGAUGGAAGGGGAGAAUACUCUUUGCUCUCUCAUGUUGGAAGGUUGCCUAAAAAAGGGAAUGACAAUGGUUCACGAUCAACAUUUGUCUUUUCCUUCUCUUAAUUAGCGGCUGACAUUCUGUCUUUGAAUUUUCAUAGUGUUAACUGUAUUUAUUUAUGGUGUGGCAUCUAUAGGACUUAUUAGACAUAGGUUGAGCAGACUUGCUCACAGAUUGUAUUUCAUGUACAUGAUAUAUGCAAAGCGUGCGGAUCCUAUAGUAAUGUGGGUUUUACACUCUGAGUAUGCAGACCAUGUAUAAGAUACCUUCCUCGAUCACUCUUUUACACUUUU